GAUUUACAUAACACAUGAGAACAAUGUCAAUUGGGUUUGGUAGUUGUAAAAUUUCAAAUGUGAUUUGUUGACUUUCAUCUGCGGUAUAAUGUGCAUUUGUUCAACUAAAGUACUCAAAUUCAGUCUUUUGGCAUUCAUACAUAUUGCCGCAGGAUUUAAUGGCGCGCAAAUAGCAAAGGACAUCACUUUGCUGGACAAACUGGUGGGUCACCAUCAUGUUAUGCUUAUUAUAAGUUUAGCACUCUGUGUCAUAAUACUAGUUGUUUUCUUACUUGCCAUAUUUGCUGCGAUUAAAGAUCACAUAUUGGCUUUGAACGUGACUCUCAUUUGCUUGAUUAUUAAGGUUGUGGCAAAGGGUGUUAUCGUAAUUGUGUGUACAGUAACGAUAGAAACAAGUAUAGAAAAUACCGCCGCCCAUCUUUGGUUCUUUCUGUGCUGGAAGUUUACGACUAUCUGUAUGAUCUUAACUCUAUUCUAUUAUAUGCGGCUAACUGAGCCUUCAAGGGAAGCUGUCUAAUUCCUAAAAAUAAUAUUGCUUUGUUCUUCAAACGGAAAUAUCCAAAUUUGAUCUUGAAAAAUCUUCAGCAGGAUGUGCUUUUGUCCCACAAUUGCUCUCAAAGUUGGGCUUUUGUUUAUGAUACCCAUAACCGCACAAAAGAUGUUUCCAUAUGGAAUGCAUUAGAGGGACACCAUUAUGUAAUGAUUGUUAUAAGCCUAUCUGUGUCCGCAUUUGUACUGUCGACUUUAGUUGUUUUAAUAUAUGCGACGAUCUGUAAUAAAAUUCGAAUAUUAAAA